AUGAUGGCCGUCACCGACUCGAAGCCGUCUUCCAAGGUUACACUCAUACCGUGGGACUAUGAGUCAGAGCAGCAUGCCGAGCGGAUGGUGGCGCAACGCAUAGCUUGCGGAUGGAGAUCAGACGAGGUUGAGUUGUGGAGAGACCUUGGCCGUAAGGGAAUCAAGGAGUAUUAUUGGAUUGAAGCCUCUCCCAUCAAAGACAUAGCAAGCAUAGAGUGGCUCAAGCCGCGCGAGCCCUCAAACGCUGAGUUCAUUCCGGUAGGCCACAUCGCGCUGGACAUCCGGGAAGAGGAGAAUGCGCACCUCGGCAUCACCGACGAGGGCGUCGUCUGGGUCGCCGGGCUCUACAUCUCCUGGGUGCUGCAAGGAGCCGGCAUCGGGCGGGCGGUGAUGCAGGCGGCAGAGGACCGCGCGGCCAGCGAUAUUCUCAAGGCAAAGGUGAUGGUCCUCGACACCAUGACGACGGACCAGCAGAUGCGGCCCGUCUUUAUCGAAAAGGUGUACACCCAGCGAGGGCUUCCGGCCCCGGUGGUUUCGAACCAGUCUUGGUACGAAAAGCAGGGAUAUGUUGUUUUCAAGCACCAAGAGGCAGGGUAUAUGUGGCCAAACCCUGCGACGGGAGAGAAGGAUCCGAUUGACUUGAUGUUUCUGAAAAAGGCACUGGUUUGA